AUGGUUUCGGUAAUCAGGAUAUCGCUGUCAAUUCUUGCGCUCGCCCUGCUCUAUCCGUUCCUGGCAGAGCGUGCCCGUGUGGUACGGCUUCUCGUGGACAAUGCACCUCACAAAUUCACCGCAGUAAACACAUUCGCCGCCUCCUCAGUCAAAUUUGCCGAUCGAAUACGCAAUUGCGAAGAUGGGCUCAUGAUUGACGAGGAUCACGUAGCAAUCUUCAGCUGUGAUCCCGGUAGAGAUGUGUGGAACACCGUUAUGGGAACCUUUACUCCGGAUCUGUCAACUAUUCCGCAUGGCAAUCUUCACUUGUACAGAUACAGCCAGAAAGAUGCCUCCGAUGAGGAGGCGAAGCUUACGACUAUUGAGCUCCGCGACUUUCCCGGAGCCAAAGAGUUCCACCCCCUUGGUAUCGAGUACCAUAGGCCGACUUCUACAUUGUAUGUCUGCAAUCAUGGUCUGAACGGGUCUCGAAUCGAGAUCUUUGCGCUUGACUUUAGCGACUCAUCAAAAACUCCUGUUGCUACAUAUCAGCGAACAAUCAUUAGCCCGCUGAUCAGGUCGCCUAAUGCAAUUACCGUUUUGAGCGAGCACGAGUUGUAUGUCAGCAGUGACCAUUACUUCCUCAAACGUUACAACCCUGUUUUAGCCUGGAUCGAGACGUAUCUCGGACUUCCAUUGGGCGGGGUCGUUUACGUGAAUCUCUUGACCAACGAGUUCCGCACUGUUGCUCGUGUACCGUUCUCGAAUGGUAUUACAUUGCUAAAUGAGACGACUGUGGCUGUUGCAUCUACAAGUACUGCCGCGGUACGCUUCUAUGAGAUGUCUUUAGAUCGAUCACUCCAGCAAACCGGUGCAGUCAAUUUGGACUUUAUGCCGGAUAAUCUGUCUAUAGAUAAAGAUGGCGUGUUGCUGAUUACUGGUCACCCGCAUCCCCCAACUCUGGACAAAAUGCGGGUGGAGCGAUUAGGGUGUCUCUUGAAUAGCACUGUUGGCAAUCCGGAUUGUGUUGAUGGCAAGGCUCCUACUAAGGUGGUGGAGUGGUCUGCGGACGGAAAUAUAAAGACUUUAUACGCGACGACGAGCGAAAUCGUUGGUGGCUGCACGUCGUUGAGAGACACGGUAUACAAUAUUGGCAUCACAUUGGGCUUGUAUGGAAAGGGUGUUUUGAUUUGGAACCAGUAG